AGAAGGUUUUACGCUUGUCUAUGAUUUUACGAACGAAAAAAUGGCUGAUCCGUUAAGUUUGCUGAGACAAUAUAAUGUUAAUAAAAAAGAAAUUAUCGAAAGAGAUGGUCAAAUAAUAUUUGGUGAGUUUUCGUGGCCGAAAAAUGUAAAAACGAAUUACUUAAUGUGGGGAUCUGGAAAGGAUGGUUCUGCCAAAGAGUAUUACACGUUAGAAUGUUUAUUAUUUAUAUUGAAAAACGUUUCUUUAACUCACCCAGUGUACGUUAGACAGGCAGCUAAAGAGAACAUACCAGUUGUACGUAGGCCUGACAGGAAGGAACUUUUGGCAUAUUUAAAUGGUGAAACUGCAAGUUGUCCUUCCAUUGACAAAAGCGCUCCUUUAGAAUUACCAACCCAAGUUAAACGGUCUGCAGAUUAUGAUGGAUCAGACAGCACAGCCAAGAAACCUCGUCUUGAAGACACUCAUGUUCAAAAAGUCAGGGAACAACUUGCUGCUAGGCUGGAUGCACCUAAAGAAGCAAGCGUUACAGUUGACAAUAUCAAAUCUCUGUCGGAGGCCAUGUCAGUGGAAAAAAUUGCUGCAAUCAAAGCAAAACGUUUAGCAAAGAAAAGAACAACAAUUAAAGGAAAUGAUGACAUAGGCCAAGAAUAUGACAUUCGGGCUAUACUAGACUUGGACGUAGACAUCACCAAAGACAUAAUCAGUCGAGAAAGACAGUGGAGAACCCGUAUUACUAUUUUACAAUCAAAUGGAAAAACGUUUGCCAAAAAUGUUCUAGCCAUACUUCAUGGUAUUAAAGCUCGAGAGGACGGUAGGCAUAAACCUCCACAGCCACAACCGGUUGUCACCCCUCGUCAAACACCUAUGAGGCCGGCGGCGCAACCUUCGGUGUACAAUCGUUACGAUCAAGAACGAUUCAUAAGACAAAAGGAAGAAACGGAAGGUUUUAAAAUCGAUACUAUGGGCACAUAUCAUGGAAUGACGUUGAAAUCUGUGACGGAAGGAUCGGUUAAAGCGCGCUCCACCAUGCCUCAACCUCAAAUGCCAUUGCCUGUAAGUGCAGCGCGACCUCCCGCAUCGGGAAUGUCUAAGCGCAUUUCCCGGACCCCCAUAAUCAUUAUUCCUGCUGCCACGACGUCACUCAUUUCCAUGUACAAUGUGAAGGAUAUAUUGCAGGACCUUAAAUAUGUGACAACAGAACAGAAAAAAGCUGUUGGAGCAAAAAGAGACAACGAAGUGUUGUUACAUAGACAUAAGAACGGUAUCACUGUACCCUACAGAGUAGUCGAUAAUCCUGCCAAACUGAGCCCAAGCGAUUGGGACCGUGUGGUCGCCGUUUUCGUCAUGGGGCCCGCUUGGCAAUUCAAAGGAUACCCCUGGGAAAACCCUGUUGAAAUAUUCUCAAAAAUUUGUGCUUUUCAUUUAAAAUAUGACGAAAUGAAAUUAGACGCAAACGUGGCCCGAUGGGCUGUGACGGUAAUUGAACUUUCAAGGACCAAGAGACAUCUCGACAGGGCGGCACUAAUGAUUUUUUGGGAAAAAUUGGACAAGCACAUGAUGCAGUACAAACAGCACUUGAGAUUUUAAAAAAGGCUAAUGCAAGAGAAAAAAAUGAUGGAAAAUAAGAGUGAUUUAUUUUAUCCUGGAGUGUAUCUACAAGGUGAGAGGCUCUAAUGAUGUUCAGUUAUAGUAAAACUCUGACCUAUAAAAUUGUUUCCUUUAAAAUUCAAAAUUCUGGUAGGUAUGUAUUUAUGGAGUUUACAAUUGCAAAAAAGACCCCACAAAGUUAAAGUAAUAUUCAAAUCGAAAAUAUUAAAAAUUAUGCUAAUUAUCGUUAAUAUAGGUAGAGUAUUUUUUUUACUAGUGUGAUAUUGAUAAAAACAAGUAACUAAUGGUACAAAGCAUUUAUUGAUUGGGAUUUAUAAAAAUAAAUUAAAACUUACACAUAGGUACAUAAUAAUUAACAAUACUUUCAAUUUUAUUAUUAAGUAAUUAAUGUGUGCAUUAUUUGACCGUGUUUGGUGAGACUUUAUUAGCAAAUAAAACAUAUUUUCCAUGUUCGGUAGAGGAAAACUGCCUUUUCUUUUAUAGCGGUAAAAAGUAAAAUUGAUAUUUAAUUGAAAUUAGUGUUUAUUCAAAUUUAAGUUACAAAGAUAUUGAACCCGUUUUUGUGCGACUAUAAAAUACCCAUAACAAAUUGGAAUGUCACAAAAUGGUAUUACAUAAAAAUAAAAACAAAACAGAAAUUCAAAUUGUAAUAGUCAUCGCCGUCAUACUUCUUACAUAAA